AUGAGGAUCACUCACGUUCUUCCCAUCGUCGGCCUCGUCGCCGCCGGCAUUGCUGCCGACGCUCCCGCCGGUGCCAAGGGUGUCCGCGCCCGCGGCGGAUACGGUGGCGGCCCCGGUGGCUAUGGCGGCCACGGCAACGGCAACUGGGACGACAACCACGGCAACAACGGUGGCCACGGUGGAAAGGGAGGCCACGGAGGUGGCCACUGGGAGGAGCCCGAGCCCGAGGAGCCUUGCGAGACUACCGAAGUCCCUCCUCCUCCUCCCGCUACCACCGAGCCUUGCGAGACCACCGAGACCACUGAGCCUUGCGAGACUACUGAGGUUCCUCCUCCUCCUCCUCCCCCGGAGACCACUGAGCCUUGCGAGACUACCGAGGUUCCUCCUCCUCCUCCUCCCCCGGAGACCACUGAGCCUUGCGAGACUACUGAGGUUCCUCCUCCUCCUCCUCCCCCGGAGACCACUGAGCCUUGCGAGACUACCGAGGUGCCCCCUCCUCCUCCUGAGACCACCGAGCCUUGCGAGACUACCGAGGUUCCCCCUCCUCCUCCUCCCCCGGAGACCACUGAGCCUUGCGAGACCGACGUCCCUCCUCCUCCUCCUCCCCCGGAGACCACGGAGCCCUGCGAGACUGACGUCCCUCCUCCUCCUCCUCCUCCCGAGACUACUGAGCCUUGCGAGACUGACGUCCCUCCUCCUCCUCCUCCUCCUGAGACCACUGAGCCUUGCGAGACUGACACCACUCUCAUCCCCACCACCAAGCCCGAGCCGGAGCCCACUCCUGAGCCUUCUCCCGAGCCUGAGCCCACUCCCGAGCCCGAGCCUACUCCCAUCCCCCUCGGCCGCGGUCUCCUCGCCGCCGUCGCCGCCCUUGCCGCUCUCUUCGUCAUCUAA